CUAAAACUAUUAGAAUCUGAUUACCACCCGUACAAGGAAUCUUUAAUUAAUUAAUCACUCAUCGUUUAGUAUAAUAUUAGUAGGAGUCUUUUUGCAUGCAUAAAUUAUCUCAUAUUUACUCAUCACCAUUACGUACAUAACAAACUCUCCCGAAUUAAUCGCAGAUGUCGUCGCCGGCGGCGGCAACACCCGCGGACGACGAAGGAGGUCACGGCGGCAGAGCACACUCGGCAAUGAAGGCGGCGGUGUUCGCCAUCAUGGCGGGGGGAAUCCUGUGGACGGUUGUAGCGGGGUACGCACGGCGGACGCCGGCGGGAGUGGCGGCGCCGGAGGGAGAAGAGGAUACGAUCGUGAGGUGGGGACGCCGCGUUUUCACGGCGGCGUUGCUGGUGCCGUGCGCGGCGCUGUUGCUGGUGAUGUCCCUCCUGAACUGCGUCAACGCCGCCGUCCCUCCUCCGGUCCGUGUCCGGUUGGAGAAAGUACUGUUCAGUGACGUCAGCAACAAACCACGAGAACAAGAAUCGUUGUCGUCCCCAUUAUUAACCGUAUAAUUAAUUAAGCUUUCUGCAUGUAAUUUUGAUAGGUACAUUAUUAAAAUCGAUAUAAAUGUAUAUAGUGAUUUACACUUUCAUAUAGUCAAAUUAACUUUUCUUGCCAAUUUUUUUGAUCAAAUUGUGACAAUAUUUGACCACGAAUUAAAUAAUUUAAAAUUAUUAAAUAUUAUAAAAAUUUAAUAUUUCUAAACUAUAUUUUAAAAUAACCCUAUUUUUAUUCAAUUUUACUCAAAUUAACUUUUUCGUUCACGAUUUGAAAUCAAUAUAUUCAUUUUGAAACAUUAUUUUAAUAUUUUUUAAAUAUAAGUAAAGAUAUUAAAUUAUU